AUGUCAUCGUCAUUCCGCAACGCAGUCAACAGACGCAACCACAAGGAACGUGGUCAACUUGCAGGUCGUCAACGACUCGGCCUCUUGGAAAAGAAGAAGGAUUACCUCUUGCGUGCCAAGGAUUACCACAGCAAACAAAAACGACUCAAGGUCUUGCGAGAAAAGGCCCUGUUCAGAAACCCUGAUGAAUUCUACUUUAAGAUGAUCAAUUCCCGGACAAAGGGAGGUGUCCAUAUCCAAGAACGCAACAAUCAAUUACCGGAUGAAAUGGUCCAGCUUAUGAAAUCACAAGAUAAAAACUAUAUUCGAUUGCAUCGAGAUAUCAGUAAAAAGAAAAUGGAAAGGUUACGAGAUUCAUUGCAUUUUAUCGACCAAGAUGAAGACGAGGAGGAUGAGGAUGAGGAUGAGGCACCAACAAAGAAAAGCAAUCACGUUGUAUUUGUCGAUUCACAGGAAGAAGCCAAGAAAUUUGAUCCCGUCAAACAUCUCGACACAGUACCUGAGCUUGUCAAUCGCAAAUUCAAUCGACCACGUAUCGAGACAUUAAAAAAGAACCCCAUUUUGGCACCUGAAAACGCUACAUCACUCAAGGAAUGGAAGAAGGAAAGAGAGGCAAAGUACAAGGAAUUCACAGCCCGUGAUAAGAGGGAAACGGAUUUAAGUCGUGUAGAGCGCGAGUUGGAGAUUCAAAAGGCAUUAAGGUCCAAGGGAGCUAGAAAGAAAACCGGUGUCGAUGCACUUGGUCUACCUGUAUACAAGUGGAAAGCAAAACGCGCAAAAUAA